AUGGACCCCCUCCCGCCCAAACCAGUAGUGAGGCUCACCGCGUCGCUCCAGCUGCCCAAUGGAAUCACCAUGGACGUGCCAAUCACCAUUGACUCCGGAAGCAAUGCGGACUUUAUAGGGCAGGACUUUGUCGACCGGCACGCUAUACAGUUGCUGCCUGCCACGCUGCCCCUGCAGGUUGUCACGGUGGAUGGCAGGGAGCUGCUAGGGGGGCAAGUGGUGAAGCAGACGCCACCAAUGGUGAUGCGGCUUGGGAAUCACAGGGAAAUCAUCAGCUUCAAUGUCACUCAACUAUCGGACACGCCCAUUGUAUUGGGCAUGAGUUGGCUGGACAAGCACAGCCCGACGCUGGCUUGGUACCAGAGGCAGCUGACCUUCGGCUCUUCCUUUUGCGCUGAACACUGCAUCGUGCCCCGGCAGGAAGGAGAGGAAGAGGAGUCACAGCUGCAGCUAGGCACGCUGCAAGCGGUUCCCCACAAGUACGCAGAAUUUUUGGAGGUUUUCUGCGAGAAGGAGGCAGACAGGCUACCCCCCCACAGACCAUAUGACUGCAAAAUUGACCUGCUGCCGGGGGCGGCGCUGCCCAAAGGGAAGCUGUAUUCCAUGUCUGAGGACGAACUGCAGGAACUCAAAGAGUUCAUAGAUCAUAAUUUGGAGCGCGGUUUCAUCCGAGAGUCCAAGGCAGCGGGGGGCAGUCCGGUAUUCUUUGUUAAGAAGCGGGACACGCCCCAGAAAAGACUUGUAGUGGACUAUCGCAUUUUGAACAGCGUGACCAAGCCAUCGGACUUCCCCAUGCCCCGAAUCGACGACCUCCUCGCAAAGGUACGGAAGGGCAGCGUGUUCACUAAGUUGGACCUGCGAGGGGCGUACAACCUCAUUCGCAUGCGGGAAGGAGAUGAGUGGAAGACAGCCAUGUUCACGCCCCUGGGCACCUACGAAUAUAGAGUUAUGCCUUUUGGAUUGCAAAAUGGUUCCCACGUUUUUCAAGCGUUCAUGCAUCACGUGUUGGCGGGGCUCCUCUACAAGACGUGCGUCUGUUUCUUGGAUGACAUCCUGAUCUUUUCGGAAUCGCAGCAGGAGCAUGACAGACACGUCAAGGAAGUGCUGAGCAGGCUACAGCAACAUAGGCUUUACGCCAAGCUGGAGAAGUGCCAAUUCGACGUGACGGAGGUGGAUUUCCUGGGCUACAAGUUGUCUGAUAAAGGGCUCGCCAUGGACAGCGCCAAGGUCCGAGCAGUGUUGGAUUGGAAAAGCCCACGCAACCGGAAGGAGGUCCAACGGUUUGUCGGCUUUGCGAACUUCUAUCGCAAGUUUAUCAAAGGCUUUGCCAUGCAGACAGCGGCCAUCACGGACACGCUCAGCUCCAAGAAAAAGAAGUUCAUCUGGACAGAGCAGGCGGAGCAGUCCUUUCAGGCACUCAAGCGUCUCUUCGCGUCGGAAGGGCAACUGCUUCAUGUCAACCCCAGCAAGCCGAUGAGGGUGGAGACAGACGCUUCGGACAGAGCCGUGGGAGCAGUCCUGCUGCAGAAGGACCCGCAGGGGGUUUGGAGGCCGGGAGCGUUUUACUCAAGGAAGCUCAGCAAGUCCGAACAGAACUACACCAUCUGGGACAGGGAGUUGCUGGCCAUUCAUGCAGCGUUCAAAGCGUGGAGGCACUUCCUGAUCGGCGCCAAGCACACGGUGCAGGUCUGCACGGACCACAAGAAUCUAGAGCACUGGCGCACGGCACAGUUCCUGAACCAGAGGCAGAUACGUUGGGCUGAGUUCUUUGCGAAUUUCGACUUCCGAAUAGAGUAUGUCCCGGGGACACCAACAUCAUGGCGGAUGCUCUCUCCCGUAAGCCGCAGUAUCUGGAGGAGGCAACGCCAGCGGCCGCCAUGCACAUCUUCGCACCGACAGUGUGGGCGUGCACGGCGGCAACAGUUGACCUGGAGGCGGUGCGACGAGCGUUGCAGGAUGACUCCUUCGCGCAAGCAAAGAUGGCAGAGGCGCACAGGGGCACGGCAGCGACCGACGAGUUCCAGCUGCGAGAUGGUUUGCUCAUCCGUAAAGGGGCCAUCUACGUGCCGGGAGACGAACUUCGCGCCAAGGUACUGCAGCAGCUGCACGACGCGCCCACUGCCGGGCACUUUGGCAAGGAGAAGACGGUGGAAUUAG